CAGUCUUAGGGACUUGGGCUGUUGAGCCGCUCGCCGGCAACCCUGGGUCGGAUACGACCUCUUUCACGAGCCUGAAUCUCCAGGCUCAGCAUAUAAUCUGCCAUGGAGAAUGAUUUUACAUCAUCGCCAGCCGAGCAGCGCGCCGUCCUUGUUGCACGGCUCAAACGCGCUGCAUCAUUACCCCGCAUGAAAGAUGGCCGUCGCCCGCCGAUGCAUGUCGAAGGCAUGAGCGAUGGAGAACGCAUACAACCAGAUGGAAACUUGGAUUUACAACUAGAACCAGCCCGGCCAUCAGUGGACGAAGGCAGUGUUGAACCAGGUUCAGAGCAGGAUGUUCACCCUGUCGAGAAGCCCGAGACACCAGAGCCCGGCCCUGCGGCACGAAAACGCCGCUCACGUUCACGUUCGCGAUCCAGAGGGUCCAAGGACUUGCGAGGAAAGUUUAAACCUCCCCAGUCGCCAGUGCCUCCCGUCACCCCGAGCAAUGAUUCUUCCCCUGAAGACUCGCCAUCCCCUCAACCACUACCUGCUUCCUCUGAUGCCAUUAUUUCGCCUAUUCCUUCGCAUAUCACCGGCAUAAUGAACCCGCGAUUACUCAUGUCCCCCGCUCUCUUAUCGCCAGAAUACCCUGGUACCUCCCCUCCAACGCCCAUGCUACCUACGCUUGAAGCACUCCAGAAGGGGCUUUUUCGCUCGAACAGUGCGACGGCCCGGAUGAUGGCGAUGCACAAACUUACUGGAGGCACUGAAACUUACGAUCCUUUUGAUUCAUCUCCUGCCGCAACACCACCCUUGCCUGGCAAGCUGAAUAGAAACAACACUGUUGCUGGUGGCGAGCGCCAUGCUGUACGACAAGCUCUAUUCCAGAGGUUAAACGGACGCAUCAACAUGGAUGAAGUCACGAGUGGGGGCGAGGAAAAGGAACCAAUCAAUACACCUAUGCGGAAGCGAAUAAGACGUCGAUCUCGGCGCAGCUCUUCUAAUGCUGCUCCUCGAUCAACUACUGAUGAUUCUGAGUCUGUUUCUACCUCUACAAAUACACCAGUCAUGCCACCAACUCCACUUCCCCUGCCUGACGACGUACCUCCGCCGCCUGUUUUGGACAACCCGCUUCGCUUGCCGACCCGUCUUACCCCUAGUAUCAACCUAAAUGAUACCUUGGCUGGAAGUCGCCAAGCUACUCCAAUCCGCUUGAACUCUCAGGAGCUCCCGCCACCUCGUAAGAGGCGGAGUAUAAUCAUUGAAGACCAAGAUGAUGAGGACCGUGCCCCCAUUCAUGCUGGUUAUCCUCCACCACCCCCUCCAAGACGUUUCACCCCAGAUCAAUCUCCCCGUCCUCCCCAGCCCUCAAAUACACCGUCAUUAGACUCUACCCAAUCUGGCCUCGAUGAUAAUGACGUACUGGGAGCGCCAGCUCACAUGUCUUCAAGAACUGCAUCCAGAGCACCAUCGAGGCAACAAGACCCAUUCCUUUCCAGUCCGUUUUCUACUCCUCUCAAAGAAAAACAGUCUCGAGAUGAGGAUGAAGUUUUGUACUCGGGAGACGAGCGCAGCUACAGUCGAGCGGCUUACAAUGAUGGGAUUGAGCGUGAAAUUAGUUGGAUAGCAGAUCCAGUACCGGAGUCGCGCAUGCCGAUUAAUGACGAUUACGACUACGAGGAUGAGGAGUCGCAAGAAAACCCAGACGAGGACGAGGACGAAGAUGACAUCCCGGCCCCCGAGUCUCCCAAGGAUGAAUCACUACCUCAAGUUGAGGAAACCUCCCGGCCCUCCUCGACUUCUCGUCCCAUUGUGGUGGAAACCGAACUUCCGCUGGACACCAAUCUCACGCACGCUUCCCCCUCUUCGUCUUCCGUGGUCGCAUUUUCAAAUGGUGCCGCUGUGGUGCGAAGGAGUGAUGCGUCUGAUUCUCCCCUCGUUUAUCCCCAGCGCCUUUCCGUUGCGUCGCGAAUUCAGAGCGAUCGCUCCCCCUUGUCGCCUGACUUCGAUUUUGAGGAUACUCGCGCUGAAACUCCGUCAAAACAAGGCUCGAGUAGCACCUGGGAAAAGCUCAAGAACACACUCACUCGCAGUGGGUCUACUAACGGACGGCGCUCACGCACGAACAGUAUUGUGACUCGUGAGCAGCGAACGCACACCGACUCUAGCGUCAGCCGUGAGAGUGGAGCGAGCAUUACGGUUCCAAAGAACGACGGUCCGGCUUCGCUCGCGCAGCAGCAAAAUCCGCUUAUGCAAUCACCCUCUGCUUCUACCUCUGCCCUUUCGUUGAGCCCACAAACGCCUCCGCGAAGUGGGGUCUCCCCCAUCCCGCCGGCUUCUGCAGUUGACCUCGCAAAAUACCAGCAUGCGAAGCUUUUCCCCUUCCCCGGAAUGAAAAAGUUGGAGGAGCAGCGAAACCGUGCAAGAGGGAUGUCGCUCUCAUCGUCGACACCAGACAUUGUUUUGUCCCUCGGGAAUGAGGCGGAUCUAAACACGAUUCCGUCAAGUUUAUCCAACACACCUUCCCAUUCCCCUGAACUUACAAGAGACCGUAAACUUUCCCACCAGGCGUCUGAUACUCGGUUACUGGCCAAGUUUAAGAAUCUUAACUCGCCGCCUAUAUCCGCUGUCCCUUCUUCUUCCUCACAUCCCGACUACUUUAGUCAGGGUCUCUCGUCAGCCCCUGCAACCAGCUCGACCCCUGGUAGAACACUUCCUACGAAUGUAGAAGGUGUCAGGAAAUGGCUUAGUGCUAAAAAGCUAUUCUCUCAACCCUCAACGCCCUCUGUUCAUCCGCCGGAAGAAGCACGCCCACCGCAAGCAAACAAGAAGCCAUCGCUGUCGGACUUGUUGCGAGGCAGAAAAGAACAUGACCUAUCUUCAGACUGGGAAGAGGUGCCGUCUGACAAGGCAACCUUUACCCACACCAAGUCUGCAAGCACUCCUUUCCCCAAGCAAGUCACGGAGAAUGCCGAGCUGUCCUCAGUAUCUACGCAAUCUGGUUCAUAUCGCGAGGACUCACAAAGAACGCCGAAGGCAAGCAAGGUUUCGCGGCCUAAUGGGAUGGAUAGAAAGCUGUCUGGUUCACCUGCGAUGACACCGUCGCCAAUAGACCAAUCUCCCACGCCUGAUCCCUGGUCAUCAAUCUCGGAUUAUCCUCCACAUACUACCUCUGAGUCGUCGUCCACUUCAUCUUCGCAGCUGUCGCAAACUCAGUUGCAGGGUAGCAUUGUUCUGGGCCGCCUCGAUGAUCUACUUGCUCGCGGUUCGAAGAGUCCUAUGUGGGCGUCGGUGGUCGAGGAUGCUUCUACCCGGAAGCUCCUCGUUUCGUCGCCCGUCUUGCAGGUCGUCAACUCCAACACCGUCAAAGACCGGUUCCUCUUCUUGUUCACUGACCUUCUCAUUAUUGCAAAGCCUGUCACUCGGGGUCCUGACGCUUUCCUGGAGCUGACGAAGCCCAAUCCAUCAGACCGGAAGUUCAUCGUCAAGAAUGUGGUGCAGCGCUCACAUCUCUUGGUUAGUGGUGAGCGCGAGGAUGUCCAGAGUAAGGUUGCAUCCCGUCAAUCCACACAGAGCCCAGCUCUAUCUGCUUUUGUACGGCUGUUCUCAAGCGAUCCCGAUCGUGCGGUGGGCAACAUACUUUCGCAGGCGGGCUACCGCGAUGAUCCAAUCGCUGUGGGCGACCUGCUUUUCAGGACAACGGAACUGGACAGGGUUCAGCUUGGAGAAUAUCUUUCUCGGAGGUCGUCAAAGGCGGUGCUUAAGCGCUAUAUCGACUCAUUCGGCUUCUCGGGGCUCCGAGUAGACAAGGCCCUGCGCACUUUCUUGAUGUCCAUUGGUAUCCCUUCUCAGGCACCCUCGUCGAGCUACACGCCCUUCGAGAUUCUACUCGAGUCUUUCGCAAGCCGAUGGUACGAGGCCAACGCAAAGAAUGUCGCCUACGAUAGAGACCUGGCGAGCAAACUUGUGCGCGCUCUUAUCCAGCUGAACGAAGUUCUUCACGGCGGCAUCUCCUCGGAACCAGGGCAUCCCACCUAUCUACACCGGAAUGUGACAGACAGAGACUUCUUGGAGGCUUUCCAGCGGAUCGACCCUCGAGGGUUGAUCUCAGAUGAGCUUGUUGGCGAUAUGUACGAUUCAAUACGUCAAGAGAGAUUAUCGCAAGCGAUGCUUCGCCCGAACAGAUCCCUUCCUGACAGCAGUGUUACCUUCAAGCGGCUGUUGCCUCCUCGUCUCACUUACAGGAUCCAGUCUGAGCCCAUCGUCCUCCGUAUCCCACAACCUGACCCGCACUUCGCUAUUGAACUCUACGGGCAAGAUCUAAUCUUUGAUCCUCCUGUUCUGAGCUUCACGAAAUCCGCUGAAGCUUCCUUCCGAAUCACGGGUAGUUCGUUUGGGCCGAAGACUAUUGGGAUGCUACGCUGCGGGCCCAACGCUGUUCUGUAUGGCGGAUUGCCCCUGAGCAGCCCCGUUGAGGUUGAACGUGCGUUUAUGCGCAACACCUUCCAGAUGGCGUUCCUUGAUCACAACGAGGUCAAGCGCAAGUACAUGUUCAGUGUUCCUGACCCAAUUAUGCGUAAUGAAUGGGUGGUCUCACUGAAAAGAGCCAAUAGUCCCACCUAUAGCUCGCCGUCGAAAUUCCAGGCUGCCUCCGUUCAGUUAGCAUUCCGAGUGUUACAGGAAACCCUCCUGCCUCGGGAAGCCUUGGCGUACUCAUUGGCGUCAUCCAAGGCCCGCGAUGGCAAGGCAGGGAGAGCCCAGAACUCCAAGAAGACCCAGGAUGAGCGGAAGAUGGACCUGGCUGCUCAUCUGGUGCGCUCCAAGUCCCGCAGCAGGGUUUACCACAAGCACGGCCCUGGCAAAGCGGAAUUGCAGGGCAUGGGGAACGGUGACAGCACUGGCGCUUAUGCUUCAGACCAGGGGCUGGAGGAGGACAAGGACCCUGAUGCGUCAGGGGACUUAGAGGAGCGGCAUUGGUCCGGCAAGGACUUGGAGAUGAUAUGUCAGCAGAAUAGCUCUAUUCCUCUCGUGUUGGCCUACAUGCAAGUUGGUACCUCAGAUGGUGCUAACGGCGGUCCCUAGAUUUUUCUUUAUUGUCUUAGUUGCUCGCUCUCGGUAUUAGCAAUUGUACUCUCGUUUUGCAUUUGCACUGUGUUUUUAUAUGCUCGCAUCUCACUGUUAUUUUUAUGGCAAACAUUUGACAAUGACCUGUCUUUUAC